AUGAAGCCCACCGCUGGCCUUCUGUGCUCUUCGUUGCUGAUCGUGCUCGCCUUGGCCUGCACCGCACAGGGUGCUGGGUACUCCCUCACGUGGGAGGCCAAGGGCUCCACCUUCUUCGACAAGUUCAACUUCAUCACCUACAACGACCCCUCGCUUGGCUUCGUCAACUACGGUUACAUCUCGGUCAAAGCCAAUGGGCAGGUGAAGCUCAAGCCCGACACCAGCAAUGUGGUGGCGGCCGGGGCGCGCGGCCGCGAUUCGGUGCGCCUCGAGUCCAAGACGCUGUUCAACGGAGGCGUCUUCGUGGCCGACGUGGCCCACAUGCCCACCGGCUGCGGCACCUGGCCCGCCUGGUGGACCUACGGACCCAGCUGGCCUACCAACGGCGAGAUCGACAUCAUCGAGGGGGUGAACAGAGACACGGUCAAUGCUGCGACUCUCCACACCAGCGCCGGGUGUGACAUGACCAGCGUCAACCAGACGCAGCUCAUGACCGGGACAUUCCUGGAGCCCAACUGCGACACCACCGCCGGCAAUGGAUGCGGCGUUGAUGCGUCGGCCAACUCGUACGGCGCCCCAUUCAACACCGCGGGCGGCGGCGUCUACGCGCUCGAGUGGACCACGUGGCGGAUUCGCGUGUGGUACUUUAACCGCACGCGCAUUCCAGCGGACAUCACGGCGGGCAAUCCCAACCCGGCGGCGUGGGGCAAGCCCUUCGCCUACUUCGCCCUGGGCACCAACUGCCCGGCGUCGCACUUCCGCAACCAUACGAUGACCAUCAACCUAACCUUCUGCGGUGCCUGGGCCGGCAACUCGUGGGUGUGGGGGUCCGACUCGGUCUGCGCCGCCAAGGGCACCUGCGUGGACUUUGUGCGCAAAAACCCAUCGGCAUUCACCGAGGCCUAUUGGCUGUUCAAUUCAGUGCGUGCUUACCAGUGGGCCAACUAA